AUGGCGGAAGAUCCGCCGCAAGAGAACCUCCUAUGCAUUUCCUUCACCCAAGAUAGCAGGUAGCCUUUUUCCAAUGAUUCCAUCGAACUUUGUGGAUUUCCAGAGCAAUUUCUGUUGGUCACAAAGACGGCUACAUUCUCUACAGAACGAUGGACAUCAGCGACAGUUCCAUUCUGCCUUAUGAGGGCGAAAUGUCGUCCAGUGAGUUUCCGAAGCUUAACUUCAAAGAUUGUAAAAGAAAACGUCGGAAAUAGGUUGAGAAACUGUGCUUUGAAGUUCUUGAGAAGCUCAGAUUUCAAAGAUUAUAAAAAAGGCCUUUGAAUAAUUGAGAAAGAAAUAGUAAGAGACUAGCGUUUUAGGUCAACAGAGAAGACUUUUAGGAUUUUAUUUGGUAUGGAUAUUCAAACUAGAGAAAUCUGCAAGUCAUACCAAACAGUCAAUCCACCUGGUUCUCGAGGGCUUUCUCAGAAGUCUGGCUACUUUUUGAAGACUAAAAAGAUUCCGACAAAGACUGAAAAGGUUUUGAAAUGUCGGAAUUCUCACAUUCACAGUCAAGUUUCCCACACAAUUAUGUUUAAUUGAAAUAAUUUGACGCGAAUUUUCUCACAUUCAGUCCAUCUUUCCCAUGGGAAAUCAAAUUAUAGAUAACACUAUUUUCACACUUGGGAAGGCCCCUUUUUGACGGUUCUAAAGAGAUCACUCCGGUUGAUGUGUUUUCUGGCACCUCUUUAGCACUCUCUAUCAAAUCUGCUCACCAGGAGCUCUGGGCAAGAAACAUUUACAACAUUAGACGCCAAGAGGCGUCAACGCGACCUUUUGAGCCAUUCCAAGUGCGAAUCAAGGAAGUGGAAUUCACACAUUUGAAAUUGAAUAGCAGAUCAAAAAAUGUGCAAAUCUUAGAUCUUCUCGAUUUUUUCGAUGCAUGCAACAAAGAAAGUUUAUACGUAUUACAUAGUUUAUAUUAUAUAUUUUAUACAAUUACAACCGGCAAGCUACAAAAAUAUUGAAACAAACUAGUUUUUUUAUAUUGCAAAAAAACUGGUAAUCACAGUUUUACAAUUUUCAAAACUGUUCAUGCCUUCAGUCAAAUUUUCAUGCAAUUUUUUUUUUCAAAUGAAAAUUAAAUAUUUUUACAAGAUUAUAAGAGCUAAAUUUUUGUAAAAUUCAAGUUUUUCUCUGGGCUGGUCAGAUUUUUCAAUUAUAAUUAUUCAUUCUUCUUUUUUGAGUUUUCCAAGAUUGUCUGGUUUUUUUUGUAACUUUCCGGCUUUUUUUCCUCCAAGCCACAGCAAGCCACUUUCUUUUUUUUUACGGGAUCCUUAAUAGAUUUAAUAGAUUUAAUCUGUCCCUUCAGUCCCCACGAUGAAAGACGUCGUGGUCCUGGAACGACUUUUCCUGUCGUCCCUGAUGUGUCUCGUGUCGCAGAAAGACCCCCGAGUCAUGCACGUCUGCCACUUCGCCAGCAAGAACUCGAUCUGCGACUACAAGUUCAACAAGUCCAUCCUCAACAUCAAAAUGAACAGAGAUGUAAUGAUAGUGUCACUUGACAAGAGGAAAUGCGAUUUUUUCAGAGAAUUGUUGUCUGCCUUGAGGACAUGAUCAUGAUCUACAACCUCAAGGACAUGAAGGUUUCCAUUUUAUUCUUUCUGUUUUGGAAUUUUAAUUGAAAGCUGAAUGUUUCAGUUGAUGCACAACAUUGUCGACACGCCGUUGAAUCGUCUCGGAAUCAUCGAUUUGUCUUCGGAGACCAAGACGGCUCUUUUGGCUUAUCCGGGCAACAAUGAGACGGGAAGCGUAAGUUUUUUUUUGGAUGAAGAGAACUGAAGAGCAAAUAAUUGAAUUUAAUAAUGGGGAAAUAUUCUAGUAACGUGGUAUCCGGGUUUUCUGGUCUUUAUCAAGUUAAACUGUGACGAAAAUUUUCUCCUUGAGAUGUAAAAUGUUUAGAGUAGUUUUCAAGAACUAUAAAGCGCCACCUUGAAUUUGAUAUUGAAGUAUGUAUUUACUUUUGAAAAUUUUUUAAUAGAGGGAUAAUAAAGAAAUGAGAAAAUUUUUUGAGGAAAUUAAUGGUUUUUUUUGUCGUAAAAUUUUUCAAAUUGGUUUUUCUUCAUGCUCCGCAAUUUCAUAGCAUUCUGAAGCAAUCUAAAAUUGAAUUGCAACUUCAGAAAAAGAAUUGAAAAUAAAUUUUCCGGCACAAAAAGAAAAUUUUUAGUCGCCCUUUGAAAAAGUAAUGUAGAUUUUCAGAGUUUAUUUUAAUUUUUUUUAUCGAAAAUUCGGAACUUAUUCCUGCCGCUUUAUGUUCGAAGUUAAAUUUUUUUCACUUAGAUAUUUCGUUUCAAAUUUUUUUCUCAGUUGACUUUGUUUUUCUGAACUUCAUGUUAUUUUUUUCAGAUCCACAUCUUUGACGCAAUGAAUCUGACGUCGGUGAACACUUUUGUGGCUCACGAGGGAACUUUGGCCGCGAUCAAGUUCAACCCAAAUGGUGACUUUUUGAUCAAUCAACAAAAUAUCAGAAUCCUACUAGAGUUUUUUAGAACUUUUCAAGAGAGAGAUACGUUUUUCAAAGCUUUCUAUGUUUAAAAAAAAUUUUAAUGGUGGUUUUGAAUUUUUUUCUGUGCAAUUUUUUCUCACUAUUUUGUCGAAAAGUGGAGUAUGAAAAGAAAAGUUUAAAAUUCUUCUGGUUUCAGGCACGAUGCUGGCGACGGCCAGCACUAAAGGAACUGUUAUUCGUGUGUACAGUGUCCCUCAAGGGAAUCGGCUUUUCGAGUUCCGUCGAGGCGUCGCUCGGUAAUUUUCUACAUGUUUUUUGAAAUUAUUUGAAACCAUUAAGUGACAAAAAAAUCAUUUUCUGAGGUGAUUUCUAUAUAAAACUUAAUUUGUUUAGCCUUAAGUAAGGGGGAAUCCUCAACCACGCAGAAUUUUUUUAGUGAGGCCUCUGGAAUUUAGAACCUCAUUACAGAAUAUAUUUUAUAUACCAAAAAAAAAAAUGGUCCAGUUUUUUUAGCGGCUUUAAUACAGAUUCUUCGUCUUCUUAUCCUGAAAUCUCCAAAAAGAACCUCUGUUUUUAAGAUGCGUGACGAUUUAUUCGCUGGCGUUUUCUUCCGAUUCGGCCUAUUUGUGCUCUUCUUCCAACACGGAAACUGUCCAUGUCUUCAAGCUGGAAAAGACUGAGGAACCUGUCAAUAAGUGGGUUUAUUAUUCUCAGAGUUUCAACGUUUUUAAAAGGGCAUGUGGGAGCCAAGAACUAUCAGUUUCAAGAGGCGUUUUUUCGUGUCGAUUGAUAUAGUUUUUCACUGAGUUAUUAUCAUCUUUUGCGCUUUUUUUAUUGAUAUUCUAAACAUUCUUUCUUAACAGACUUUCAAUUUUUUCGUCUUUUCAAUGGUUUUUUUAGGCGUUUCUAAGACGUUUUCAGGGUUUUUUUCUUGGCUUGUGGAUUUUUUUUCUGUUUGUGAGUGUAGCGGCUUAAUCUUCUUUUUUUAUGACUAUUAUUAAAAAAAUUUUUCCAGUGAAGCGACGACGGAGGCGACGUCGAGCUGGUACGACGUCUUCACCAGAACCGCUUCUGCCUACAUGCCUACUCAGGUACCUUUCAUGGCCUCAAUCAAUAGCAUUUUAAAGGUUUGAUAUUUUGAAAAAGUGCGAGAAGUUGAGACGAAAGUCCUAAGAAACGUGAAAUCUUGCAGGUAUCGGACCUGAUUUCGGUGGAGCGAAGCUUCGCGACGGCCAAACUGCCCAACAGCGAGAAGCGGAACGUCGUCGCCCUGGUGACGUCAGUUUUUUCGCCUUCUUCGAAUUCGCCCUGGUCCGCGUUUUGAGAGCACCCCCUAAGCUGCCACUGCAUGGAAUGCACCUUUUCUUGCGCAUCUAGGCGAAAAUUCAAAAAAAUAAAAUCUCAAAAUUACAACUUAUGAAGAUGAAAUUCUCGAAGUCACGUCUUCCCAAAUAUCCUGGCAUCUUUUUCGGAAAAAAAAACUUGCGAAAAGGAAUUGCACUGAACACUUGAAACAAAAGAAACGCGUAAAGGCUCUCUGAAAACGAAAAAAAGAUACAAGAUGGUUAAUUUUUCAAAGCGAUCAAUCAAGGAUUGGGAAUGUUAUUUUCUUGUAGAACACUUUUGAGAGCCUUUCAAAACCUUCCAAACUCUAGUCUUUUCAAAAUUUUGCGGCGCCGCACCCGUUUUACUAAAGCGACUUCACCCGUAUGAAGUUUCACCCGUUUUAGUUCAGAGAUGGCCUCGAUUGUAUUUUUUAAUAAUAAUAAUAAUUUAUUGACAGAUCAGCGUGAACCCUAACGAGUUCACUUGGAUCUAGAAUUUGAGAAAAUACAUUAUACAGUUAUACAUCAUUUGAGUCGUGGAGGAAUAGACAAGAAGAUCUCGUGCAAUGGUAGAUUGACCAGUAAAUUUUUUAAAGACUUGGAGUGGUGGCUGAAUUGAAAUUUGGAAGUGAGUUUGUUCCAAGUAGGAAUUGUUUUAAAGAAAAAAUCAUUAGGUAUUCGAGAGUGAACUUUGUUAGUUAAAUUUAGAAAAUACAUGCGCAGACCGUUUUUUAUGGUGCACCAAGUUUUCCUAAAUCAAAGUUAGUACUACCUCUCCUAGGCUGAAACAUGAAUUUUUGUGACCGAAACUACCUCCUUGGGGUUGAAACUUGAUUUUAUUCCAAAAUCACCAAAGUUCUUGUUAGCCAACCCUUUUUCCCGGAUUGAAUGAGUUCUGCAUUUGCCCAUCUAUGGUCAACGAUCGAUCAAUGCCAUGUGUUAAUGAAGAAGGAACUAUAUUGAGACUGUUUUGCAGGCUGAAAGGUCAGCAACACGUCGUGGUGGCGACCUACGACGGCUACCUGUACUGCUACCGUCUGGACGCCGCCGGCGGAGAACUCGACCUCGUCAAGCAGCACCGCAUCGGCCCCAACGCCGAAGGAGCCAAGGGUUCGUUCAUUUUUCAUUUUAUUUUGAAAAAAAUCAGAAAAAGCAUCCCAUUUGUCCCAGCAAUGUCAAUGGCGACUUCCACGGAACAUGCUCCCAAAAAAAAAGAUCUCUGACUCUAGUAAAGCGUAUUAUUUUCAGCCGAAUUACUGCGAACAAAGGUAAAACUCGAGGAUGAUUUUAUCCACGUUAUUGCUUGGUAAUGAAAAAAGAAUCGCUUUUUUUCAAAGGAAUUUAAGAAAAUUCGCUUAAAUCUUUAUCGGGUAAUUUUUUCUUUUUCAAAAGUUCAAAAAAAUUAAUCAGAGUUUUCUAGCCAAGCCGCGACCAACUUCCGAGUCGGGAGUCCCGAAUAUGGACGAUCCGGACAAUUUCCCGCCGAUGAUCCAUACCAGCUCCUGA